AGAAAUAUGCUCACCGGCGCCAGUCAAAGUUUAGACCGGUCACCCAGGGUACGGCAUCAUUCUUCCAGUGUCAGGUUUUAUCUUGGAAGACAAUGACUGAUUGUCAUUUGGGGCUGAUAGGAAUUAUAGUGCUGCGUUAAUUGCUGAGCAUUGAUUUCAAGGAUAGUGUCGAUAUUUCUUUAUGGUCUCCACGCCUACAACCUAUACCGUACCUCGUUCGCCAGAUGGAUGACUCGCCGGCACCUACGGGGCACUCGGGCAAUGGACCGCGUACCCAACAGCACGAAUCCAGGCAACACUGCGAAACUGGCAUGAUCGCCAGCACUGAUCUCACCCAGACUAUAUGCAUUCUGGUUUUCAGAGGGUAUCCUCGAGACUGCGAGAGCGCACGUAUAGUCGACUUCUGCGUCAUUACAGACGAUGGGAACAACACGGACACCACAUAUCGGUUGGUGGGAAGUCGCGGUUCGUAUGGACUGUCAGCCAGUCCAGGGCAAGGCAAUAUUCAUACGAGACCUCACUUUGUACGACAGUUCCAUGUCGCAACGGUUCCAGUCGUGUCUGUGGAAGACAGAAGGCUGCAUGAUCUUGUCAGUGGAACGUCUAUACACAACGAGAACCCGGAAUGGACUCGGUGGACCUGGCUCGACAAUGUACUCGGUGCAUUGACUUCAGCCGGCAUAAUCACGUCGGAUGAGGCGAUAGAAAUUAUCGAUGCCACAAUCGACUGUGUUUCAAGUGCUCCAUAUCCGGAUUGAGAGUAUGCUGUGACGCGUGAACAUGGACAAGAACAUGUGCGGUACGAGCCGACGUUACAGCUGUUCCGUACCUUCAGGUGGCACCAAGGGCUGCGCGGAGGACACUCGACAAUGUUCAAGCUCAAGGAAAGGUG